ACGAAUGAAAGUAAACAGACUGAACUCCCUCGCUUCAAUGGGUUUAACUGUCUGAAAAUGAAGGUGCUUCUUCUGAAAGAGCCGAGAGAGAGUGAAAGUGAAGCAGACCCUUAUAUUAAGGAGCUGGCCUCAUGUGGACACACAGCGACUCUCAUUCCUGCUCUGUCCUUCAGAUUCGUCUCUCUAAAUGAGCUUUCUGAGCGGCUCUUUCAGCCUGAGAGGUUUGGAGGUCUGAUCUUCACCAGUCCCCGAGCCGUGGAGGCCGUGAAGACGAGCUUAGAGUUGCAGAAACUGAGACACCAAUGGGAUGCAGUGAAAGAUAAAUGGAAUGCAAAGUCGGUUUAUGUUGUCGGAAAAGCCACGGCAUCUUUGGUUGUAGAUCUGGGUUUGCGUCCUCUGGGUGAAGAUUCUGGAACCGCAGACGCACUCGCUCUACUCAUCCUACAGAGAGAAAAUCCAGACAUUCAGCCGCUUUUCUUUCCCUGCGGCUCCAUCAAGCGUGAAGUUCUGCCCACCGCACUGAGAAACAGCCAUAUUCCUCUGGAGACUCUGACUGUCUAUCAAACAUCUGAACAUCCUGAUCUGCAGAAGAACAUCUCUGACUACUUCACUCAGCAGGGUGUCCCAGCGUGUGUGGUGUUCUUCAGUCCGUCAGGUGUGUCCUUCUGUCUGGAUCUGCUGAAAGACCUCUCAGGAUGUCAGCUGGAGCAGAUAAAGUUUGCCUCUAUUGGACGGACAACAGCUGAUGCUCUGCAGGCUCGUGGAUUGACGGUCAGCUGCUGCGCGGAGAAACCCACCGCCAAACACCUCGCCAUCGCUAUCACACAGGCCCUGCGUGACCUCUGACCCCUGACCGUCCAUCAGCUUACAGGGAUAGUUCACCCAUAAUUGAAGAUUUACUCAGCCACAGGUCAUGCAAGACUUUAAGAUCAGAUUUUGAGCUGGGUCUGUGGUUCUUGGUGCUUUAUAUAAUGGCAGUGAAUGGUGACCGGUUUAUUAGAUUAAAAAUAAACACAUGCAAACGAGUCCAUAUCAAUAGCCACAGCUCCAGGUGACACACCGAGGUCUUGUAAAGCAAAAUCAUCCGAUUAUUUAGUUUGUUUUAAGGGAAAACUCACUUCAUUUUGAUGCAUUAUUUCUGAAAACAGCACAAUAUGUUUUACUCGUCCAAAAAAAGCUUCUUGAUUUAAGAAUUUGUAGAUAUUUGGGCUUGAAACGAGUAAGAAAUGCAUGAUUGUUUUAUCUGCAUGCUUUCAUCAUCAAAAGCGACCACAUUUAUUGUGUGAACUGUCCCUUUAAGGACACUAUACAGAUCUAAAACUAAUUGAACUGAACGUAUAAAGGCACAGUUCAGCCAAUCAUCGUUCACUUUUCACAAACCUGUUUGAGCUUCUUUCCUCUGUUGAACGGAAAAGAAGAUAUUUAGAAAAAUGUUGGGAAAAGGUAACCAUUGACUUCCUUGGUCAUUUUUGUUAUUACUAUGGCUUAUUCUUUAACACCUGUUUCUGACAUUCUUCAAAAUAUCUAUCAAAAGCAGAGGAAAGAAACUCAUAAAGGUUUGGAACCACUAGAGGGAGAGUGAAUAGUGAGCAUGUGUCAAUUGUUUGGUGAACUGACCCUUUAAAGAUGAACACACAGAUGUUUUGUAUUUUGCGACUGUCUGUGACCUGCAUCUGUUUAUUAGCAGCAGAGUCAGCAGUGAGCCGUCCUGUAGCUUGUGUUUUAUGCACUAUUGUUAUGAUAUUUGAUGUUGAUUGUAAGUGUUUUCACUGUCAUUUUAAAUGUGAAUGGAUGACAUGAUAUUUAUACUCAUUGUUUUUUGGCCAGGAGCAAUAAAGAACUUUAUCUUGCAUUAUUUUA